UUACGGAUACACUUUUGUCCUUCACUCAAAUGUCACCCCUGCAGUGUUGUCAGUGUAGGUUAGUUAUGAAAAACUUGAGGUUAUGAAGCUUAUGACAACCUAAGCCCCUCGAUAGAGACCCUCGCCAAAAAUCGACAGAUAGUUAGGAACACGGGAUACUAACAGCAACCAGUGAGUUUUAAUGUUUCCACUUUCACGGCCGCGUUAAACAGACUGCCUGAGUCAGCUAAGUGUAUUCACACAGAAUGGCUUCAUCCCAUGACCGCAGCCGGAAAGACGACGAGGAUGACCCUGUUGAGCAGAUGAUUUCCCGGACUGGCUGUGCUGAACUGCACUAUGCUGUCCAGGAGUGCAUGGCCGAACACCAGGACUGGCGAGCAUGUCAGAGCCAAGUCCGGACUUUCAAAGAGUGCAUGAUGAGCUUCCAAAAUGCUCGAAAAGAACAGCUGAGGAAGCAGCAGCCGACCUCCACUGAGUCUGCGGCUAGCUGAACACAAUGUUUCGCACACGAAGUGCUGCGUUUGGAACCUGGCUGACGUCAUUAAAGUGCAAAGACUGAACCUAAUUUAAUUUUUAAUGAUGAAAAUAAAGCACUAGCAGCAGCAUAAAAAUCUGAUUUACACUCUGAUUUAGAGCCUGACUGAUAUCUGUAAUUUAGCAGCCAAUAUGAAAAACAUAUUACUGGGUUUUACUCAGCUUUUAUGUAAGUAAGGAAAUGCCAGAAAAAUUAUAGGUCCUUCAGCAAAAUCAAAAAUUUACUAUGUAAUUUGUCAAUCAAAGUGCAUUUAGAAGUUAAAUAUUCACAUAAAAUGCUCCAUUUUUGGUCAGUAAGUAUUUUUUUUUUUAAAUAAAAUUGAAGAGAUCA